CAUAUCUACAAUUUGAAGUCAAUUCUGGAGCAUCGCAUUGAGCCCAUUGUGCUGCCCCUCACCUCAGCCUCGCGCGUCCUAUUAUCCUCAAACACUUCCUAGCACGACAUACCGUUUCAGCUGCAAACACGUGCACAUCAACAGAAGCAAGAGACAGAAGAAAACAAGAAAAACAGGGCUAUCCCCAUAUAUCCCCAUAAAUACAACCCAACCUCUCUCUCCUAAGGCCAACAAGGACCCUCUCCAUUGGAACAAUGACCACCUCCCAACCCCCCCAAUCGUCAAUAAUAACGACGACAACAGCGACAAAUGGAGACAACACCUCGCACAUUCCCUCCCCAGCGCCGAUGCUCAGCCCUCCAGCCUCUUCCCACUCCAUUGCAGAUGAUGACGACGAUGCCCCCCUCUUCUGCCCCUCGUACAUCUCCCCAAUGGUCCAAAAACAGCUGCCGGAAAACUACACGAUCCGACCCCUACGGCGCUCAGACUACUUCUCCGGCUACCUCGACGUUCUCCGAGUCCUGACCGCUGUCGGCGACUUCACCGUCGAGCAGUGGAACGAGCGCUAUGACUGGAUGGCGAAGCGAGGCGAGGAGUAUUUCCUGCUGGUCAUCUGCGAUGGCUCUGGUAGGGUGGUGAGCACGGGAAGCCUGAUCGUCGAGCGCAAGUUCAUUCACUCCCUGGGCAUGGUGGGCCAUGUGGAAGAUAUCGCGGUAGAAAUGGGCCAGCAGGGGAAGAAGUUAGGGUUGAGGAUGAUUCAGGCGCUGGAUUUCGUGGCGCAGAAGGUCGGGUGCUAUAAGAGUAUCCUCGAUUGCUCAGAAGCCAAUGAAGGCUUUUAUUUGAAAUGCGGCUUCAAACGUGCCGGCCUCGAAAUGGCCCACUACUACAACUGA